ACGCAACAGGAAUUCAGCAGAACAGACAGAAAUUGACAACAGGGCGGGUGUUGGGGUUUUGUUUUUUUAAUUUUUAUUUUUAUUUUUUAAAGCGAGCUGUCUAUUACAUUAUAAUCUCUCAUAAUUUCCCCCAAACAGGUAUACAGAAUGGUUGUCGUAGGUACUGGGGCAGGUUUAGCCCAUAAAGUGCUUUUGAUCUCCGGGAAACAGGCUGGCACAGCAGCCGGAGCACAGGGUGGGUUUAACCGGUCCAUGUCUGUAGUGCUGCCGCCGGCCUCUCAGGUUUCAUCGGAUUCAGAUUCAAAUGGAUCCGGACAGCCUCUCCGCAAACGACAGAGGCUCACACACUUGAGCCCGGAAGAGAAAUCACUUAGAAGGAAACUAAAAAACAGAGUAGCAGCACAGACUGCUAGAGACAGAAAGAAAGCAAAAAUGGGUGAAUUGGAACAGCAAGUUAUAGAGCUGGAGAUUGAGAAUGACAAACUUCUCAUUGAAAAUCAGCUUCUUCUUGAGAAGGCAGAGGGUCUUCAGGCAGAGAAUGAGGAACUGCGUCAAAGGCUGGGUUUGGAUACCCUUCAAGUAGAAGAGAAAGAGACCAAGGUAACCACACUGAUUUCUUUCACUUCAGUUGGAGCAGCUACGUGUGCCUCUGCAGCAGGUGCAGGCCCAGAUAUCAUCAAGCCUGAAGAAGUCCACAUGGGUACUGACAUUCCUGACUCUUCAGGCCCUGAGUCUGAUCUCUUGUUUAGCCUUCUGGACAUCCUUGACCCAGAAAUGUUUCUCAAGUGUCACGACUCCGAGCCUAAGGAGCUGUCAGAAGUUGGGGGUGCGGGAGAUUCAGUAUUUACCUCCCCAUCUCCGCCUCUGGGGACCCCACCAGUUAAGCUGGAAGCCAUUAAUGAACUGAUCCACUUUGACCACAUCUAUACCAAGCCCCUGGCUGAGGAGGUGGUGUAUGCUGAGCAGGGUGAAGAAAGUGUCAAAGUAGUGAAGGUGGAGGAGGAAGUGAUGGAGGAGGUCUUGUCAGUCUGUGUGAAGGAGGAGCCCAGUGAUGUGGCUCUGAUCCCUGGCAUGAGAGUUGAUGACUUCCUGUCCUCUGCACCUCCUCCUGCUCCCCAAAGCGAUCAUGACAAAUCAGGCUACAUGUUGGAUGCUUACAGCGACUCUGGCUACGAGAGGUCCCCUUCCCCCUUCAGUAACAUGUCCUCCCCGCUGUGCUCGGAUGGCUCGUGGGAGGAUGCGUUUGCCAAUGAACUCUUUCCCCAGUUAAUCAGUGUUUGAAAUGAUGACCGACCCAAACGGAAUAGUCUUGUAUAAAGUCUUAGUUUUCAAAAAUGAUCUGCCUUUUUGUUGACUGCAACUUCAUAACUUGUGAAGGUGUUGACACUGGUGGUAUCCCAACCCCAUUCCACUGUAAAUGAGACCAGAUUUGUUUCUCGCAGAUUCAAGAAUAACCCACUUUGUGGGGGUGAUCACAUUGUUUAGCCUUAAAGCAGAUGUUAGUCUAGCUUCCUGUGUAGGUUGUAAGAAUGUUUCCCAAAGCUUGAAAUUGAUGCUAAUGUUACUAUUCCAAAAGGAAAGAUGCAUGAAAUCCUUUUUUUUUUUUUUUUUUUUUUUUUUUUUUUUAGGUGAGCAAGUGUCCUGUAUUUUUAUAAGUCCUGUGGACACAUCUAUAUUGGAUAAAACAA